GCGACUUUUUUUUCGUCACGUUUUUCACGCUCCCGAUCACGCGCAGUAUCGUUCGCGACUCGCUUUUGAUAGCAGACCGUCUACGCGCGCGUGCCAGAGAGGACUCGCGAGAGAACCGCGCGUACGUGAUCGUGGCGACAGCUCCCUCGGCAAGCAUGGCGACGUUAAAGCUAGGCCUGGCGCCGAAAACCAUCAAAUAUUUGAUGUUCGCAUUCAAUUUGCUAUUCGUGAUUACAGGAAUAGUGCUGUUGUCAAUUGGCGUGGUCAUCCAUGGAGUGUAUCAUGAAUAUCAACAUUUCCUCGAUAAUAGUUUCUUCUCCGUACCGUCUCUUCUCGUAGCUUUGGGCUCUAUUAUCUUCAUUAUCGCCUUCUUCGGAUGUUGCGGAGCCAUUCGUGAAAGCUAUUGCAUGGUUGUAACGUUCUGCACACUACUAGCUGCCAUCCUUCUGCUGGAGGUCAUAGGCGGCACGAUGGGGUACGUGAUGAGGGCACGCGUUGCGACGGUCACCCAAAGCAAGAUGGUCGAAACGAUGUCCAAGUAUAACGACAGUCAAGAGAUCCAGUUUGUCUGGGACAAUUUGCAACGAGAUUUUAAAUGCUGCGGCACGGUGAACGCUACCGAUUGGAUAAACCAGCCGAAUCUGUCGGGCAUCCCAAUGUCGUGCUGCGACGACACGAUAGGUGCUGUCAACGCUACGCAAUGCACCCUAACGUCACCGAGCCUGCACGACGUGGGUUGCAUGGAUGCAUUUGCGCGUUUCGCCGAGAAGCACGCGAGUAAAAUAGCCGGUGUUGGACUGGGUCUUGGCGUGAUUCAGUUGACUGGGGUGAUGAUAAUAUCGGUCGGCACGACGAUUUACGCCGUUUACGAGAAUUUCUCGCAUUUUCUGGACCCGAGCUACUUCUCACCGGCAACGCUUUUGAUCGUAGUCGGAAUAUUAGUCUUCGUAAUCGCCUUUAUGGGAUGUUGCGGUGCACUCAGGGAAAGUACUUGCAUGGUCCUUGUGUUUGCAAUUCUGCUGUCGUUCGUGCUGGUCAUGGAGCUCGCCGCCGCCGUCGCGGCGUACGCCCUGCAGGACGGCAUCAAGAGCCUCCUAGCUGAGAAGAUCAACCUGACGAUGCAUCAAUACGAAAAGAACGACGAGGCCACGUUCGCGAUUGACUUUAUGCAAUCUAGAUUACGUUGCUGCGGAUAUAACAGCUAUCGCGAUUGGGACAAUAUAGAGUUCAACCGUACAGAUGCAGAUAUACCGGAGUCCUGCUGCGAAUUUAUACUAAACCCGAAGAUGUUUACUGAGGUUCCGGAGAUUUCGCUAUCGGACCGUUGUCAGGCUAAGUACGAGGAAGGCUGCAUUAGCCGGCUUUCCAUUAUUAUUCAUCGUAGCGCGCUUUACAUUGGCACCGGAGCGGUAGCGAUUGCCCUUAUCCAGCUAACGGGAAUUAUGUUCGCGUGUAUGCUGGGCCGAGCUAUUAGGCGUCAGAAGACAGAGAGGGAGAGACGUCGCUGGGAACUACGAGAAAAUCUUGUAAACGGUUACGAACCAUUGGGAAAGUCGGACCCGUUUACUACGUUUCCCAUAGUGUACAUGUCACAAGACCCGUUGAAAGGCGAGAAAUGUUAGCAUUUCGAUGUUAACAUAAGUUGAGUGAAUCUACUCAACGCAUCAAAUACGUUUUUUAUUCGUUUAUCGUUUUCCUGAGAAAAAUUACUAAAAACGUAAAACAUUUCGAGUAACAAUCCUAUAACAAUACGAAAAUAUUUACGAGAACGAAUAUUUAUUUGAUGUUUCUUUUGUGAAUUUCAAUCGGUUAUUACUGGAUAGCGUAUAGAGAGAAAAAAAAGAGUACUUACAAUACCAAAUAAUUGUGAUUUACGAUUCAUAGAUUUAUAUAUUUUCUUAGCCAUAUAUAUACACACACAUACACGUUAUAAAAUUCGAGUACCGUUCCUUUUAAAUAAUUUAUAUACCGAAAUAGACAUUGCGAUGGUUGAUUGAAAAUUUUAUAAUAGAUAAUACCUCAUUGAGAGAGAGUAUUUACUCUAGGUGAAGAGAGAAAUAUUCUUUUAAAUAUACAGACUGUUGUGUGAA